UGGGGGAAAUGAAGGUAGGUGAUGAAAUAUGAUGGACCUGGGGGAUGAGACUCCAGGGGAUUGACGAUUGUGCAUUAAGUCUGUGUUAGCCCCGGGGGAAAACCAGAAGUGGUCGAGAAGAGGCCGAACUACAGGUAGGGCAAAGUCCGCGGGGAGAUGGAGUGGAAGCUGGAGCGCACCGCCCGGCGCAGGAUCCGGACAGACGAAGAGAUGCUGUGGGAGAACGUCAUGAGGGUGCUCGCCAGUGACAUGAAGCAGCAGAGAAAUCAAGUUUCUCCCAAGGUCUUGGAUUCAGUUACUACUACAUAUUCUAACUUCAAGAGCAACUUUUUGAAACGGUUGUCAACGAAGCUUCCUGUUGCCAGUAGCCCAAUUGCCGCAAGAUGGCAGCAAAGUCAACCCCUGGACUUGGCCUGUUCUUUUGGAGAUGAGCUUUCCACCAUUGACCUCCCUGAACCUGUUGAAUCAGUGCUGGGAAUGCCUGAGAAAGACACCUUGACUCCAGGAACCCUCAAAGAGCCACUGAAGGUCCCCAUCAAAGACAGCUGUGAAAGGAAUGACUCUGCUCUCUGUGUCUGCAAGGCACUUCAUGCUCUGGAGAGCGCUACGAAGGAAGAUGUUGCCUCUAGAGGUCAGAAAUGCCUAAACCAGCUAUUUUCCACUCAAAAAGUGGUUCAGAAAGUUAAUGGGAAAAUGCAGCUCUGUGAUAAAUCUCAAUGUAUUUGGAAAGGUUGCCAACAUGGAACCAGAGAUGAAUUCUUUCAUCUUGAAAGGUUCUGUGAUGAAAACUAUCCUGUAUGCCCACCAGAGGUGAAGAUUCAUCUUACUGGUCUUCGAAAUGACUACUAUCUGAAUAUCCUGGACUGGAGUUUUAAAAAUGUUGUUGCUGUAGCCCUUGGGUCUGCUGUGUACAUCUGGAAUGGGGAAAAUCACAAUGGAGUUGAGAACAUAGACUUGAGUCUCACUUGCAAUUAUGUAUCUUCUGUAUCCUGGAUAAAAGAGGGAACGUGCCUAGCAGUUGGCACCAGUGAGGGAGAAGUGCAAUUAUGGGAUGUGGUAACUAAAAAACGGCUGAGAAAUAUGCUUGGUCACUUGUCAGUAGUUGGGGCCCUGAGCUGGAAUCAUUGUCUCCUCAGCAGUGGGUCAAGACUGGGGCGUGUUUAUCAUCACGAUGUUCGUGUAGCCCAGCAUCAUGUUGGAACACUUUGCCACAAGCGAGCUGUGUGUGCUCUGAAAUGGUCCCUGGAUGGCAGGUUGCUUUCUAGCGGCUGUAGCGAUGGGCUGCUGACGAUAUGGCCCCAUGAUCCAGGUGCCAGUGCACGGGGCCAACCACUAAAAGUAAUACCUCAGUCUACAGCAGUCAAGGCCAUGGAUUGGUGUCCCUGGCAGUCUGAGGUCCUUGCUGUUGGAGGAGGAAUGAAAGAUGGACGCCUGCAUAUCUUGGAUAUAAAUACUGGGAAAAGCAUCCAGACCCCAAGCACAAAAUCACAGAUUUGUUCCCUAAUCUGGCUACCUAAAACAAAAGAGAUUGCAACAGGCCAAGGUACUCCUAAGAAUGAUGUGACUCUGUGGACCUGUCCUACCCUGUCCAGGUCAGGUGGGUUUUUUGGUCACAGAGGCAGAGUGCUGCACCUGGCUUUGAGUCCAGACCAGACCUGGGUGUUAUCUGCUGCAGCUGAUGGGACGGCCUCCAUGUGGAAGUGCUGCCAGUCAUCCAGCCCCUCCUAAAUGCAGUUUCUUCCAUUUUAAGUGAGGUAGUGAUACUGGCUUUUCUUCUCCAUGUGAUUGUUAUGAGUAUCCAAUUAGAUGAGGUGCUCUUCCCAGUGUAAAUACCAGCCCCUCUGACCUCUCUCUGGCUACUUUAUUAGCCCUGCUUCUUCCUUCGAAUCUCCUAGAGAUCAUCUUGAUCUCUUCUCUCUGCUUCCUUCUCCCUCCUUCCUUCUCUUCUCUACUCUUCCCCCACUUCCUCCCUCUCUUCCUUCUCUUUAUCUCUUCCUUUUUAAAGAUCUAGUUUCACUGCUGAAGUCAGAAUAUCUAUAGCAAA